AUUCCUUCCCAAAUACCUUCUUCUAUGCAAAGUACUUUUUGAGCUUUUGGCGAAAUUGGUCAGUCACACAACAGAUAAAAGAUAACAUUUUACGUGCAACCCUUUUCUUUAGCUACACUCACCGCUGCAUCUGCUGGAAUGCAAUCCACCUGGCCAAGCCCCUCUCUCCCAAAACUAACCUCGGAUGAUUCUCCCAUAGGCGUUACUAUCACAUCUGCAGAAGGAUCUUGGGUUGCAUCCGUCUACGUCCUAAGCAUGACUCUAAGCGCGCCAUUCGCGAAUAUAGCUGCGGAGCGAUUGGGGCCGAAAUUCGCUUUGCUUUUAUCAGCGUUGCCCACGUUCGCCGGAUGGAUUUUGUGCAUUUAUGCGAAUUCGGCCGCGAUGUUGAUUGGGGGACGAUGCGUCAGCGGGUUUGGUGGCGGGAUUUCGGUCGUGAUUAUUCCAAUGUACAUUGGAGAAAUAUCGUCCAAGGACAUACGUGGGAGAUUGGCAGCGCUUUUUAACAUCGUAAAGUUGUGCGGAAACCUCUUUGUUUUGACAGUCGGUCCGUAUGUGUCCUACGAAGCUUUGACAUGGUCUUGUAGUGGACUGUCUGUAAUUUUUCUUUUUACAUUUGUCUUCAUGCCCGAGUCUCCUUAUUAUCGCGCGAAGAAAGGGGACGAAGUGGGGGCUAAGCAAAACUUAGGUCGCUUGUCUGGCGUUGAUAACGUUGACGAGCAGUUGCAGGCAAUCAAGUCCACGAUAGAGCAUGACAUGAACAACAAAGGAAGCAGCUUGGAUUUGAUCACCAAAAAAGAGUAUCUGUUUCCCCUAGGAAUACUGCUAGUUGUCAAGACAACACAGCAGAUGUGUGGAUUAGGUGCUGUUGAGUCAUACUUUCAGACCAUUAUAGGUGCCAGUCAUAGUAGCAUCACCCCAGAGGUUUCUAGUAUGAUUGCAGGAUCCGUUCAACUUCCUACAGCAAUUCUCGCCAUGAUCCUAGUGGAGAAAUUAGGUAGGAAGGUUCUGUUUUUGAUGUCAGGAAUUGCGUGUGGCUUAACUCUUACUGCUGAAGGCGUAUUCUUUUACAUACAGAACGAGAUGCAUGGCGACUUGUCUAGUAUCAGCUGGCUGCCUACUACCGCCCUAAUACUCUACUUAAUUAUGAAUUCCCUUGGUCUGUCAACCGUCCCAUAUAUUUUGAUGAGCGAAAUGUUUUCGACCAACAUGAAGGCGGCCGCCCUUUCGGUUACGAUGGGAUACGGUGGAGUUACGGCGUUUAUCGUCACCAAGUUUUUUAUGCCCAUUUCGGAAACCUUGGGCAUGCACGCCACGUUUUGGAUUUUCGCGGGUUUUUGCUUCGUCGGCGUACUCUGCACAUACUUCGCUCUACCUGAAACGAAGGGACGGACAUUUGAUGAGAUCCAAAGCGAAUUAAAAGAACGCGGCAAAUCUCUCACAUGUUGCCGACAAUAGACUAACCGAAACCUCUGAAUAUCCUAUUUAUAUUCAAAGCCGAAACUAAGUUAUAGAGUAAAGGGUAAGGAAGCAAGUCUAAAUAGGACAUAAAAGUUAAAUUGGUCAGACGUUGAUUCAGAUCAGGAAGAAUUGUUGAAAUAUUUUUCACAAAGUAAUAACUGGGUGCCCAUUUGUAUAUGUGGCUGCCAUUUCGACUUCGAGUAUUGUUAUAAAUGAUUUUUAUGUAAAAUUGCUCAAUUUAUAUGUUCUAUUGACGGUUGAAUACAGUUUAUGAUUAAAUAUGAUUAAAUAAUUAUACGCAAUGUGAUAGUACCUACUUAUACGGUUCUGGUGCUUAAAAUAGAUCAUAG